AAAAAGUUGAAAGCUGAAUUUUUGUCUAGAUUCAAGAAUCCAACCAAAAAGAUGUAACCCCUAAUUUCUCAAGGGCCAUUAAGUUUUGUAAACCACCAAAUUGCAAUAAAAUCUUAGGGAACUUGAGGUGAAUAGCAGGAUAAGCCCCUCAUGCUGUGACUAUCAAUAAAUCAACCAUAAAGAAGAGAUUUUUGGGUCAGAAACUCAAGUUUCUGAGUUGGGUUUCUCUUAAACAUGGUUGAACGUUGUCUUAUGGCUUCUCAUGGUUAUCCUCCUUGCCUUUUUUCACCUCCAGAAUUGAAGGUUUUAAAGGAUAGUCUUCCUUUUUUUCCUAUUCCUGGAGUGAAUCAAGAUAUUGCGAAGUCAAGUUGUGCUAGCGUAAGGUUUAAUCAAAGACUGGAUUUAUGGAAACCGAUGAGUCGGUUAUUGGCAGGCAAUCCCUUUGUCAGGAUCCUAUCAACUGCUGAAGGACCAGAACUCAUAGAUGCACGAGACGAUCACUUGAACUCAGUGCUCUUGAGCUUUGGGAUUGCUGAACAAUGCACAAGGCAGGAGAAUAUUUUGAAGUACCUUAGAUCUGGAUCAAACGAUGUAGAAAGCGGUGAAAUAGAUAUAUCUACACUCUUUGAUCUAAUGGGACCACUGGUACAUGCGAUAAACAUGCAUCAACAACAAUUUUCUUCUUAUCUCGAACAACAGUCUCAUGAUGCUAAGUCUCAGCCAUCUCUUGUGUAUCCAAGUGCUGCGCUCCACCUAUGGGAACCUUCUUCAAAUUUGAUAGGACUCAAUUUAGGAAAAAUGAUUCAUUCUGAUGGCCGUCUAUUAGUUAGUGGUGCCACUGCUAGCAUUGAGAUGAAGGACAUACUUUCAAUCAUCUCCGAGUUCUACUUCUCAAAAGACUCAAUGAAAUGCACAAAGCAUGCAAUGGUGGUUCCAUACUUUGACAGGAAGACAUGCAAGACAAAGUCUAAAGGUGAAAGUUCUGCUCAGAAACUUGACGUGAAUGCAGCAUCUCUAAGGAGUCCUCAGAAAACAAAGUACCAGACAUCACCGCAGAGAAAGAGCAACAAGAGAGCAGUUAGAGAGAGUGAGAUCUACAGGAACAAUUACCUCCAUGCAUGUGAAAGCCUCCUAUCCAUAAUAGUUGACAAGAAACGGCAUGGGAAAACUGCAAUACUUUCAUUGAAGAAAUCGGGUCCUCAACUACCACACUUUCUGACCACGUUCUCUGCUACCAUUGCUGGAACUGGCAUAGCCGUCCUUUUCUCAAUUGCCUGCAGACUAGCCUGUGGAAGAAUCGUCUUCUCUGCACCUAGACUGUUGAACACUGGUUUAGGCCUUGGACUUAUAUGGCUCUCUUGGGCUGUCAAUAAUUUGAGGGACACAGUUGUGGUGAUCAACAGAAGUCCAGGCAAGUUGGAUAUGAUAGAAGAUGCUAUGAUGAGUAAUUUGGACAAAAAUGUGAAGGAAAUCUACUUCAGAGCCGCAACUUUGCUGGCAGUCGUAGUGCUGAGGCUUGCUUGAUUUCAAGAACACAAGAUUUAGAGACUGUAAAAACAUGCACAGCUUGGGGGAUGAUAUAUCAAUAGCUCGUUUUGGGACAUCCAACUGUAAUAUAAUAUUUGAGCAGAAAGAAGUGGAUUUUCACAGCACGAAACAU